GGGAGCAUGACAGCGAAGCCCCGCGCCAUCAGAGUGAGACCUCUCCUCUCUCCCCUCCUCUUCUGUGACGCUGUAGCAGCCGAGACAAGCCGCCGCCGGUUCGCUCGCUCACUCCGCUCGGCUGCGUCCUGCACACCGUCUGCAGCGGCAGACACAGCGACACUGAGGGGAUAGAGAAGGCGAGCGGACGGCGGGUGAGCACCUGGACCGCGCGGACUGUGGAUUUAAGGGAAGGGAAGACGGGGAAGUUGAAGCCGCCACUGCCGCGACAGGGAGCCGCUCCAGACUGCUGUCCAGUUCACAAGGUCAAAAGUCUGUGAAGGAAGUGGUACCAGUGGACAGAGAUGAUGUCCAUGCAAAUGAGUGAGGCGGACAGUAUGGUGAAGGUGGCCGAGUGGCAGCAGACAUACUACGCCUCAGACUCUGGCAUCCAAUCAGGAGCCACCACAGUACGGGAUGAUGAGAGCAGCACAGAGUACAGUGGCAGUAAGAAGUAUCGCGGCAGUACAACAACCAGCACAACCACUGCCCCCACCGCUGCCUCUGCUGGAGGAGGAGGGGACACAGCAGCUAGUGGCCUAGAGAGCCCUUCAGAUCUAGAAGCUCAGUACUCGCUUACGCGGGCUCAGCGAGUCAGGGCCGCAAUGUUCCCAGAGACCCUGGUGGAGGGAGAGGCAGCCAUGCCACUCCAAUCAGAUCCGUCGCAGCAGAGCAACGUGCAGCGACUGGCUGAGCCCUCUCAGCUGCUGAAGACAGCAAUCGUCCACCUGAUAAACUACCAGGAUGAUGCUGAGUUGGCAACAAGGGCAGUGCCAGAGCUCACCAAGCUGCUGGCAGAUGAGGAUCCGGUUGUGGUGAACAAGGCGGCCAUGAUAGUCAAUCAGCUGACCCGAAAGGAGGCAAGUCGGCGGGUUCUAGUACAGUCUCCGACCAUGGUGGGUGCAGUGGUGCGCGCCAUGACAACAGCAGUUGACAUGGAGACAGCCCGUUGUGCAGCCAGCGUGCUCCACAGCUUGUCACACCAGAGGGAGGGACUGCUGGCCAUAUUUAAGUCUGGAGGGAUACCUGCACUGGUCCGCAUGCUGAGUUCCCCAGUGGAAUCAGUCUUGUUUUACGCCAUCACCACCCUCCACAACCUACUGCUCCACCAAGAGGGGGCCAAGAUGGCUCUGCGUCUGGCUGAUGGCCUGCAAAGAAUGGUUCCCUUACUAAAAAAGAGCAAUCCCAAGUUCCUGGCCAUCACCACUGACUGUCUGCAGCUCCUGUCCUACGGCAACCAGGAGAGCAAGCUAAUCAUCCUUGCCAAUGGAGGCCCAGAGGGCCUGGUGUUCAUCAUGAGGAACUACAACUAUGAGAAGCUACUAUGGACCACUAGCCGUGUUCUCAAAGUACUGUCUGUGUGUCCCAGCAACAAGCCAGCCAUAGUGGAGGCUGGUGGAAUGCAAGCUUUGGGCCAACACCUUACAGGUUCUAGUCAGCGGCUGAUCCAGAACUGUCUAUGGACACUCCGCAACCUGUCAGAUGCUGCGACUAAACAGGAGGGGUUAGAUGGUCUGCUGCAGAUAUUAGUCACCCAGCUGGGCUCAGAUGAUGUCAACAUGUUGACCUGUGCAACUGGCAUCCUGUCCAACCUCACCUGUAACAAUUCACGCAACAAGACUCUCGUGACUCAGUAUGGUGGUGUGGAAGCACUGAUCCAUGCUGUGCUCCGAGCAGGGGAGAAGGAGGACGUUGCUGAGCCGGCGGUCUGUGCCCUGCGUCACCUCACAUCCCGACACCAAGAUGCAGAGCUGGCCCAGAAUGCUGUGCGUCUGCACUAUGGUAUCCCUGCUGUCGUCAAGCUGCUGGGGCAGCCACACUACUGGCCUGUAGUAAAGGCCACAGUUGGUUUGAUCCGGAACCUGGCACUGUGCCCAGCCAAUCAAGCGCCACUGAGGGAGGCAGGUGCUAUUCCUCGAUUGGUCAACCUGCUACUGAAGGCUCACCAGGACACGCAGAGACACGCCUCCUCGACACAGCAGACAUACCAGGAUGGUGUUCGCAUGGAGGAAAUAGUUGAGGGCUGCACAGGAGCACUCCACAUUCUAGCAAGAGACCCAAUGAACAGAGGAGACAUCGCCAGCAUGCAAACCAUACCACUGUUUGUACAGCUGCUGUACUCCUAUGUGGAGAACGUGAAACGAGUGUCUGCGGGCGUCCUGUGUGAGUUGGCUCUGGACAAACAGUCGGCAGAGCUCAUUGAUGCAGAGGGAGCUUCAGCACCACUCAUGGAGCUGCUGCACUCCAGCAACGAAGGAAUAGCCACCUAUGCUGCAGCAGUGCUGUUCCGAAUUUCAGAGGACAAGAGUUCAGACUACAGGAAGAGAGUGUCUGUGGAGCUAACACACUCGCUCUUUAAACAUGACCCUACCGCAUGGGAAAUGGCCCAUACUGCAGUUCCCUUGGAGCCAACUUACCUAACUGACGAAUUAGAUGGCGCUUACCCUUCUUAUGGCUACACGGAUCUGCCUCUGGACACCCUGCCGCUAGACCCUGACCUCCAUGAGCCCUACAUGCAAGAUAUGACGUAUGACCCAAGACAGGCCUACCCUGAACCACUCUAACAGGAAAAUAAAGCUGCAGGAGAACAAAGCUGAAAGAAAAAGAGAUAAUGAACAAAUGGCAAGAACAAAGACUCAAAGAAUGGAUGGAUGAUAGAGAUUAGAGGUUUUAAUCACAAAGGGAAUUUAGCCCUUUCCAGUGGGUUGGAAAAAAAAUCCCAUUUGGCAGUCAAGAACUAUCACAAAAGGUUGCUCAUUAAAAAAAAAGUUUAUUGUUGCUGUAAAUGAAAAAUGUACCUUUGUUAUAAUGUUUUACUGAGGGGUGAAAGUGGGGUUGUAUGAAGUUUUGAGGCACUGUUACACGGGUAACGUUUUGAAGCAAUCAAAUAAGGCAAAGAGCCUUACACUGAGAUAAGACACGCAGGGCACACAGGGGGCUGGCAGUCAAACACAUGUGUUAGCUUUUCAUCUGAAAGGUUUAGAAACCAGUCAGCUGAAAUAUUAGUUGUGAUAUGUCGAGAUUUACCCCACAUAUGGAAACAGAUUUGUCAGUGAGAAGUUAAACACAAGUCAUCACUAAAACACUCACUGUAAUAACUAUCCGUAACUCUUUUGAGAGUUUUGCAAGAUGUCUGUCUUAUUGGCAUUAACUGAACAGUCGCCAUUGCUACCAAAUGCUACCCGUGUAUCCUAGCCUUAAUUUGCUGUCUUUUAGAUGUCUCCUCUGUGUAUUUGAACAGUGCACAUGUCCCAGAGUGUCCAUGUGUGGUCGUUGCAUGGUAGUAUAUUGUGUACUCAUUGAAAUAUUCUUCACCUUUACUUAGUAAGAAAAAGCGACAUUUUGGAUUAUGUCAAACCAUUCUGAAAACCUCCGUGCAGAGCAGGACUACAAAUCCAUCCAUGUCACAAGCUCACUUUCACUAAGGAUUUAUAUUCUGUUAGAAUGUCCACUGGAAAUUAACAUAACAAUUAUUUGACUGAUAUUCAGCAUCAGUCUGCAAAUCUCACUUCCCAGUUAGAACUACAUGUCACGAGUGGUAAUGGACCACAGAUCUCCCAUCAGCUUGUACACAACUUUGUGAGUGCCAUGGACAACACUGCACAGUCCAUUUACAAAAGUAAUUACAUAAUGUUCGUAGACAUACAAAUGACUUUUGUAUUAAAGCUUUGCUGAUUUUAUUUGCUGUCAAUAACUAUGUCACUGUCAAUGGAGAAAUGGGCGACUGUAAACUCUAAUUCAAGCUUUUUUCAGAGAUGAUAUUUUGACUUGUCAUGGUGGGAAAAGCAAAGGUGUAAAUAUGAAAUUAACACUGGGACUCUUGAAAAAAUUACAGCCAUUAUCAAUGUUAUCAGGAACAGCAGGUUGUUUCCUACUGUGACAAGUGUAAAUGUCUUACCAUGAAAAAGUCCUUACAGCUGCUCACAGCAUUUGUUAAAGAUGUCGUCUCUGAUUAGUCUGCAGCAAGUUUUCUACCUGUCACAUGUUCACAUGGUCUGCAUGUAAGUGCAGCUGCAGCCGGACAUUGUGGCAAAAAGUGCUCUGUGCACCAGGAGCUACUGUGCUUGACGUUAAAACACUUUUGUUAUUGGUUCCAAUCAAUUAUGUGUGUAAAGAUGGAUGGCAUGACAGCUCCUAAAAGUGAAGCCAGAACAUCUUGAAUGCCCCCUGGUGGUUGGCUAGAGUAUAGGUCUUAAAUCCGGCCCCCUCCCUGUUAGCAGAUGGGACAUGGAGCGAACAAGAUUAUUCAAAGUACACAUGAAAUACAUUUUUCCAGAAGAUGAUUUCUGUCAUUUAAGGCAGUUCUUAUCACACUGACCUAUGUUCAAGGUCAGCUUCAACUGUUUUUAACAAUGGAGUGUAAGGGGAAACAACUCUGACAGCCUGGAGGAAAUCUCAAAACCCAGGUACCUAAUAUUGCCUGUGCGAAGUGGAAGGGAUGAGUUCUGUCCAGCAGAGUCCCAGGCAUCUUCAGGAAGUGGGAGUAUACUGGAUUUGUUCCAUUUUAUUGUGUAAUUACAGAUUUUAGAGAAGGUGUUAAUGAACUUAAAGGUCGUUUUUGGUCAUGUUUUUGGGGGGUUUGGUUUGAAUUAGUUUUUUGAUGAUAUAAAAACAGAGACGUCAUGAUUGACAGCUGAAAUAGGUCGACUUGAUUGAUCUGAUCUGACCUGAUUGAUGUGAUAGAUAGCGAUAGGUGGGUGUGUCUGUGGAAUCCAAUCCAAUCCAACCAAUCCACUUAAUCACUACUGUACAGACUCUGACAUCACCAAUGCAAGAUGGUUUUAGGCUUCAUGUUUCCAGGGUAAGAGGAAGUGGAGGUGUGUCAUCCAUCUGUAUUUACAGCCUGCACUGUUAAGAAAGCACAACUACAAUGACUUAUUAAUUGGUGUGGUAAUCUACCACUAUAAUUUUUACAUCAUUGAUAUAAAUGCAGUUCCCAUUCCAUUUACUUUGCCACAACUGAAUGAAAACACUUGUUUAAAGGAGAAUUAUUUAGCCUUUUGCCUUGGAUAACUAAAUCAAUUGUUUUUCAUUGUGACAUGAAUGUUCCAUGCCACAUUAAACAUUUCAACCAUGAA